AUGGGAGGCGCACAAAUGUCAGAUGUGAGCAUGAAAUCGUGUGCCAUGCUUUUCCAGUGCAUUAAUGGCUCAAUCAACUUUGGAAUCACCAGGACUCAAAUCAGCAGCAGGUGUUGUUCAACUGAUCUUUGCAACUCUCAAAAUAUCCCAGUGCUCAAUAACUCAAAUCCCAAUGGUAGAAGGUGCUUCACCUGCAACAGUCAGGACUGUGCUGCUACUCUCGACUGCUUGGGAGAGGAGGACCGCUGCAUCACAACAAAAGUGGAAGUGGGCAACAAGAAAAUGGACAUGAAAGGCUGUGCCUCCAAGAGUGUUUGUAUUGGAGGAGCAGCAGCACAGAUGGGAGGGAGCAUGACGGGGGACUUGAACUGCUGUGAGGGAAACUUAUGCAAUUACAGCAAAAGCAUAGAAGUUAGUCUCUUUCUGCUGGUAACUUUAGCGGUUUCUAUUGUCCUGUUGCAAUGA